AUGGCACCUCCGACCCUCUCCCCACCAUCAUCUUCUUCUUCCUCGGCACCAUCCUCUACCAUCACUCUCGAGCCCUUGACACCCUCAUCAUUCACCCCAUUCGGAACAGCAAUAUGCUCCCCCCUACCACCGUCUCUCAACAAAGUCCCAUCCUCCAUCCCCCUUCCACAGCACGCACCCUACCAACCGCUACCCGUCUACGCCAACCAGAACUCGGCGCUUAAAACGUCGCCCAUCUCUCAAUUCAUCAAUGCAUACCCAGCCUCAAAUUCACAUUCACACCCAGAAACCCCCCAGAUGAGCAUGUUCUCCUGUUUUCCACGAAACAUCAGCGGCGUCGGGAUGGACGUCGAAGCAGCAGCAGCGAGACCGACAGGGCCAAGGUUCCACGUCUCCAUCCUCGAACGACACCCCUUUACAACUCAAACAUUCAGUCCGGUCGGGUUAGCCGCGGACGACAAGUCGACGGUGUUCUUGGUCAUUGUCGCGCCUUCGCUUGUCGACCGCAAAGCGGCAGCGACGAGAACAGACACAAACACAAACCAAACGGUUCAAAUCUCCAAUCCUCCGGACCUCUCGCGCAUCAGGGCCUUUGUGGCCCGCGGCGAUCAAGCCGUCACUUAUGCGCCGGGCACUUGGCAUGCGCCGAUGGUCGUGCUCGGUCAGAAGAGAGUUGAUUUUCUGGUGUCUCAGUUUGUCAAUGGCGUGCCGGACGAUGAUUGUCAGGAAGUUCUGCUGGGCGACAAUGCGGUCUAUGUGGAUCUGGCGCCUCUUAAAUCAGACUUGGGCGUCGUCGCAAAAUCGAAACUAUAA